UAUAAGUUUAAAAAAAUUUAUAAAUAGUUUUGACCAGUUUAUAAGCACAAGAAACACCCACUAACUAAAAAAGUAGGUCUUUAAGCCAAUUUUUUUUGUUUCCCCGUUCUGACCAAAUUAAAUACAAAAUUAUCCCUCACCUUUUACGUAUAUACUCAUAUGACUAAUCUCUCAUUUAAGUCAUUUUACUUCCAAGAAAGAAUAUUUAACUUAUAAAUAUCUUAUAAGUUAAAGACUACUUAUCAAGAAUAAUCCAAUAAGCACCCACACAUGAAAAACCCCUCUUUAUCUUCUUUGUAGACAUAUUUAACCACAUAAUAUAUUCAUGUUACCUCUUGUUUGUAGAACUCUUUGGAAGGAAACCAUACGAAAAACCCCAAACUGACAUUUGGGGCUCUUUUCUUAGGCUCUGAAAAAAGAGGCAGAAAAAAGACAGACAUAUACCAUGAGGUAUGAGACAAGAAUGCACUUCUGACAAGAGCACUCUUCCUACAAACCAAGUAAAAUCAUUUCCAUUUUGUUCCAAAAAAAUAUUCACUUGAGAAAAGACUUCAAUAUAGAAUAAAUAGAUAGAUAAAUUUCCUUAAGUAUAGAAAUAGAGCAUUACAUUAGUGAGAAAUAAACACGAUACAUUAGAAAUUUUAAACUCAAUUUCUAAUUUGUUCUUUAAAAAAAAAUUAAACCAAAACCGUGAGAGUAAUUACAAGAAGAAAUCAAAAUUAAAUACACAUGAUGCACCUGAAUCGAACAAAGGGUUUCAACCAAAACCGUAAUAGAACCUACAAAGAUGGAAUGGAAGAGAAGACCAGUUUUGUAAAGCGGCUCAGAUCUGUGUUCCCAGAGGGAAAUGAAGAGCCGAAACCGCCAUGGCUGCAACAACCGGGUCCAAUUCCGGGUCGCCCCGCCAAGAUACGGAUGGGGUCAAACAUAUACCUCAAAUUUCAGUAGCCCAGAAAGAGGGAAACGCAGAAAAGUGCAUCAUCAUAGCCUCUAACGAUUGAAUUGAUUUGAGAUACGAUAUAGGGAGUAGUAUAUCUCAUCAGAUUAAGCUGCAUGCAGAUCUAAACGGCUUUGUUUCUUGUAUUUUCCCCUUUAUUCUUGUUGAUGUUUAUUCCUCGAAAGAGUUGUGAUGAAGAAAGACAGCGCUGUUUGGAAAGAGGCGUAUAAAGAGAUCAUAGGCAGUGGAUAGAGAGGCAACUGCCCGAUCAAGAAGCUAUCAUCUCUCUUCCGUGCCUCACCCUUUCUGGGCUACAUCAUCC